AUGAACAAGCUGUACAUCGGCAACGUGAGUGAGGAGGCCACGGAGAAGGACUUCGAAAGUGUGUUCGAGUCACGGAAGAUCCCGUACACCGCGCCGUUCCUCGUCAAAAGCGGCUUCGCGUUCGUGGACUGCCCCGACGAGAAGGCGGCGAUGAAGGCCAUAACCGAGCUCUCAGAUAAAGUUGACCUGCUUGGGAAAGUUCUCCGCGUGGAAUAUUCUGUGCCAAAGCAUCAAAGGAGCUGUAAGCUGCAGAUCCGGAACAUCCCACCACACAUGCAAUGGGAGGCCCUGGACAGCAUGCUGGCGGAGUACGGCACCGUGGAGAGCUGCGAACAAGUGAACACUGAUACGGAGACGGCAGUAGUGAACGUGCGAUACUCAACCAGAGACCAGGCCCGGCUGGCACUUGAGAAGCUCAACUGUGCCAUGACAGAGAACUGCUCGCUCAAAGUGUCCUACAUUCCUGAUGAGAAUGCUCCUGAGGGCCCGCGCAGGAGAAGCUUCAACUCCAGGGGCCCGCCUCGCACAGGCUCCCCCAGCAUGGGCCCCCGGCCUCGGGGCCAUGCAGACAUGCCCCUCCGAAUGUCCGUCCCCAUGCAGUUUGUAGGAGCCAUAAUUGGUAAAGAGGGCGGCACCAUUCGCAACAUCACCAAGCAGACUCACUCAAAGAUCGACAUCCACAGAAAAGAGAAUGCUGGAGCCGCAGAAAAGCCCAUCACCAUCCACUCCACCCCCGAGGGCUGCACCAGCGCCUGCCAGAUCAUCAUGGACAUCAUGCGCAAAGAGGCAGUCGACACAAAGUUUAACGAGGACGUCCCGCUGAAGAUCCUUGUCCACAAUAACUUUGUGGGGCGACUGAUCGGGAAGGAGGGGCGCAACCUGAAGAAGAUUGAGCAGGACACGGGCACGCAGAUCAGCAUCUCCUCUUACCAGGACCUGACCAUGUGUAAUCCUGAGAGGGUGGUCACCAUCAUGGGCAGCAUCGAGAACGUCAUCAAGGCCCAGGAAGAGAUCAUGAAAAAAGUGCUGGAGUCCCAUGACAGUGACCGCGCCGCCAUGAGUCUACAGUCGACAAUGAUUCCAGGCCUGAACCUGAAUUCCCUGGGUCUGUUCCCAUCGGGGCCCCAGUGUGGGGGCCCCUCCAUGCCCAGCAUGCCCCUAGGGGCCCACGGAGGACACUCCUCAUACGGAGCCCAUCCCGAGUCUGAGUGCGUCAAUCUGUUCAUCCCAGCCCAGGCCGUGGGGACGAUGAUCGGAAGGCAGGGCGCGCACAUCAAGCAGCUGUCGCACUUCGCCGGAGCCUCCAUCAAAAUUGCUCCUGCGGAAGAGAAGGAGAGUCAGCUCCGCAACAUGAUCAUCGUGGGACCUCCAGAGGCGCAGUUUAAGGCUCAGUGCAGGAUCUUCAGUAAGCUGAAGGAGGAGAACUUCUUUGGGCCGAAAGAGGAGGUAAAGCUGGAGGCGCAGAUCAAAGUGCCGUCAUUCGCCGCUGGCCGUGUCAUUGGGAAGGGCGGGAAAACGGUGACGGAGCUGCAAAACCUGUCGUGUGCAGAGGUGGUGGUGCCGCGGGACCAGACCCCCGACGAGAACGACGAGGUGGUGGUGAAGAUCACAGGACACUUUUUUGCCUGUCAGCUCGCCCAGAGGAAGAUCCAGGAGAUUCUGGCUCAGGUGCGUCGGCAGCAGCAGCAGGUGAAGCCCCCACCCAGCCCCCAGGGCCACAUGCCCCGCAGAAAGUGA